AUGGCAAGGAAUGAUCUAAUCGUUUUGACGAAAGCCCAGUUCGUGCUGUAUAUCCGAACUAUGUACCUGGGGAUCCAGAGCCAGAGGCGGAAGGAACACCAGCGGCGUUUCUACUGGGCUAUGAUGUACGAAUAUGCAGACGUAAAUAUGUUGCGCCUCCUGGAAACAUUCCUGGAGAGCGCCCCUCAACUGGUGCUACAGCUCUGCAUAAUGAUCCAAAAGAACCGUGCAGAAACAUUACCAUGUGUGUCCUCUGUGGCCUCCCUGAUGUCCCUGGCUUGGGUGCUAGCCUCCUAUCACAAGCUUCUUCGGGACUCUAGGGACGACAAGAAGAGUAUGAGCUACAGAGGGGCCCUCAUCCAUCUCUUCUGGCGCCUCUUCACCAUCUCAUCCCGAGUUAUUUCUUUUGCUCUCUUUGCUUCCAUCUUCCAGCUCUACUUUGGGAUCUUUGUAGUGGUCCAUUGGUGUGCCAUGGCUUUCUGGAUCAUCCAUGGUGGGACAGAUUUCUGCAUGUCUAAGUGGGAGGAGAUCCUCUUCAACAUGGUGGUAGGGAUUGUGUACAUUUUCUGCUGGUUUAAUGUCAAGGAAGGGCGGACUCGAUACCGAAUGUUUGCGUAUUACACGGUGGUCCUGACGGAGAACGCUGCCUUGACGCUCCUUUGGUAUUUUUACAGAGAUCCUGACACUACUGACUCAUAUGCCGUGCCAGCACUGUGUUGUGUCUUUCUUAGCUUUGCUGCUGGGAUAGCUUUGAUGCUGUUAUAUUAUGGUGUGCUGCAUCCCAUGGGGCCAAGAGCUAAGAUCUUUGCCAGCUCCUGUUGCGCCGAGCUGCUCUGGGGCAUUCCUUUGCCCCCCGAUGUUGAGCCCAUGGCGCCCCAAACCCCUGGGUACCGGGGGGCUCAGGCUACGCCCACCAGAGCGGUCACGGAGCAACAGGAGGAACUCACAGCUGACACUUGCUUGCCCGUUUUCCAGGUGAGAGCAAUGGUACCACCUACUCCAUCUGGGCGACCCUACCCCCCCGAGGGGCCUCUCAUUAAGAUUGACAUCCCAAGAAAAAGAUAUCCGGCAUGGGAUGCUCAUUUUGUAGACAGGAGGUUAAGAAGAACUAUCAACAUCCUCCAGUAUGUCACCCCCACAGCUGUAGGUAUUAGGUAUAGAGAUGGACCUCUCUUGUAUGAGUUGCUACAAUAUGAAUCUUCACUUUAAAAGCUCCUUAGAGCAAAAGUAAAAGAGGGGACCUUAUUUUUGUUUACGGUAAACACAGAUCAUGAAACAAACACAAACCUUCAGAUAAGCUUUCUUUCUGGUUGCUGUAUGUAUAAAAAAAAAAAAAAAAAGAUAUUCUCUAUGUUUUGUAAGUAAAAACAAAAAGAAAAACUUUUCUUUUGUUUUUUACACACAAGAAACAGUAUUUCAACUUCCACACCUAGGAUUCACAGGUGGAGAAGGAGGCAUCUCCACAUCAGUUUUAUACCGUACACCAAGUGUAGAACAUUAUUUAUGGGAUUGGUGCUGA